AUGCAGCCACCGGAUAGUGCCUUGGCGUGGGGACCCAAGGCGCGUGGGCAGUGGCUACUCUCUGUGAAGUCCUUGGCGGCCACGGAGAUCCGGCUACCAGAGCGGUGGUACAAUUAUGCUGUCCCAGGGGUCCCAGAAUUUGUCCAGGACUGGGAAGGGGCAAGAAUCCCCACAGACAAGAUGAUUGAGGGAGAGGUUCUGGCUCAGGCAAAGGUAAAGCCAGUGAGCUGUCGACCCUCGCGUCAUGGGGUGAACCCCAAGACAGGGAAGAUUACAUGGAUUGUCUCCUUCCUUGCCCCGGUAAAAGGCUUCUCACUCUUCAAUGCCAGUGAGAGGGCCAGGCUGAUUGAGAAACGGCCUUUGACAGUGAGACAUAACCCAGGAUGCCAGGGGUUCUGCCACCCACCAAAGUGUGCGCGACUGGCAAGAUGCUCCAACUGCAGUGAGCCCACAAGCCAGCAUGAGGGGCCAACAGGCGCGGAGUGCAAGAGAGCGCCAAGAUGUGCCAACUGCUGCCAACCCUACCCAGCUGGGCAUCAGCACUGCCCUGCCGCACCCAGGCGCGUGAAUGGCACCCUCAGGCGCCUAACUCAAAAAGAGCUAGCAGCUGUUUGCCGCCUUGGCGACAAGUGCCACAGGGAUGCUCAGGAGCGGCAACCGCCGCCAGCACAGCCAGCACCAAUGGUCGCAGUGGUGGUGCCUACACCAACCGCUCAGUCAACCCAGUCAACACAGCCCGCUGGGCUAGCACCCCGCAAGCGGGCGGCGACUCAGAGUUCCAUCAACCGCUGGGAUGACACUAACCCGGAGCAGCGAGAGGAGGAGAGGCCCCGGGUCAUGACAUAUGUACGCAAGGGCUCAAAGACAAGGGCACAGCAACACCGGUCUGUACAAAGCAGGGAUCUGCUAUGGGUCAGCGUAAAUGGCUGCCACAUUCUCAAUGUGUACAGCCAGCCUGGGACAGACGCAGUCAUGGACUAUCUGACCAAUCUGAGCCCACCAGCCCGCUGUCUGAUAGGUGGGGAUAUCAACGUACGGCAUGAUGCCUUUGAACCAGGGGCAGUGAAUCUGCACCGGGGCGGGGAGCUUGUCCAAUGGGCCAGUGAACAUGGGAUGGACUUUGUGGGAGAGAUAGGGGUUCCGACUCAUGCAGCAGGUCAUGUGAUUGAUCUCACCUUCUCCAAUGUGGCCUUUGCUUCCACUACAGUGCGUCAAGAUCUACACUGCGGCUCAGAUCACCAGUCUAUGAUCACUAUGCUGCCAACAACACCUCAAACACAGCUGAGUGAUGCUCGGAUCAAGAUCACAGACUCUCAGCUGGAGCCCUUUGCAGAUCUUGUCAGAGGUCUCAUGGUGGACAUGCCUUGCCCAGAGAGGGUUGGAAAUGUGGCACAGCUUGAUGAUCUGGCCCAGCACUUCACUCAGAGUCUUCUGGCUGCAGCUCAGGCAGUCAGUAAGCCAGCUCAACAAGGGCGGACCACAGCCCCCUGGUGGACAGCAGACUGCCGAAGAGCGCACCGAGAGCUCACUACUCACCAGACAGAGGCCGCGAAGCACCAGUUCAAGGAUGCAGUGCGCAAGGCCAAGCGUGCAUACUGGAGGCAGGUGAUCAAUGAGGCCAGAGAUGGUAGAGACCUGUACCGGGUGGUGGCAUGGCAUAAGCUGGAACCCAACCUCAGAGCACCCCCUCUGGUGAUUGGGGAUCAGGUCAUAGAAGAGACAGCCGCCAAAGCUGAGGCACUUCAACAGGCAAUUCUGAAGCGAUACAACUCAGCUGAUGAUCUGGACGGCAUGGGGAACCUGCCCUGGAACCCCCGGAUUGAGAUGGAGGAGAUGGAGCGCAACACCAUUGGGGUACAGAGCACCUCCCCAGGCACGGAUGGAAUCACAGUGCGGAUGCUCAAAGCAUGCUGGCAGCAUGUGUCCCUCUUUAUACAGCAGCUAUACAACUGCUGCCUCCGGCUCUGCCACUUCCCACGAGCCUGGAAACUGGCAGAGGUGGCAAUGAUACCCAAGGUGGUCAGCCCACAGCAUGGGGGGGCGCUGCCCAGACGAUCUGCAAUGGACCUGGUAGCUGCUUUCACUCAUGAGGUGGAGGCAGCCUUCGCACAAAACAAGGAAGUGUCCAUGGUCACAAUGGAUGUGCAGGGUGCCUUUGAUGCUGUGCUGCGCAGGCGGCUGCUUCAGCGGAUGGCGCAGCAGGGGUGGCCACGCGAGCUGCUGCAGCUCAUUGACAGUUUCCUCACUGAACGCAGAGCUCAGGUCCGGCUGGAGGGGACCACCACAGCAGCACAUCAGAUGCAAUGUGGCACGCCACAGGGGUCUCCUUUGUCACCAAUACUGUUCCUUCUGUACCUGGCAGAGCUGCUGUGGCAAAACUCGGAGUUGCGCUUUGGCUAUGCGGAUGAUCUGAACAUCUGGCGGGCGACCCACUCACUUGACAACAAUGCCACCCUUCUCAGACAGGAUAUACAGAGUAUUCUGAGGUGGGGGGAGAUAAACAAGGUGGCCUUCGCACCAGAGAAACUUGAGAUGAUCCAUCUUACAAGAAAACGACACAAUGAGGCACCAGCAGUAGUUGUGUCUGAGGACCUCACUGUUCACCCUGUUACUGCCCCAGCUGGACAGGAGCCAGCACUUCGCUGGCUGGGUGUACACUUCGACAGAAGGCUCACCUGGAGACCACAUGUCUCCACCCGGGCAAAGAAGGCAAGGGCCGUGGCCCAGCACAUCCGGAGUCUGGGAAAGACCAGAGACGGGCCCCCAGCAGACGCUCUGCGGAAGGCGGUCACCACCUGCGUGGUUCCCUCACUGCUCUAUGGCACAGAGGCCUGGUACGGCGGCCGCACGCAGCCAGCAAGGCACACGGGCAGGAGUGGGGAGGUUAGCUCCCGCCUGGGAUGGCAUGUGGGGACAGUUGAGAAGGUGCUUACUAUGGCAGCCAGGGGGGUCCUCCCAGUUUUCCGUACAACGCCCAUUGCUACCCUAUACCGGGAUGCUGGGCUCCCAUCAGCAAUGGUAGCUCUGGAGGAGGCCAAAAUGCGAUUCGCGACAAGGCUUCAGGUGGUGGAUGAGAAGCACCCACUGGCUUCACGGAUAGCACCUCCAAUGAUCACACGAGGAAGAGGGGCUGGAACCCGGCAGCGCUCAAAGACCAAGAUCCAGCGGUUGGGGGCGCUGCUACCUGCAGUCAAUAGACCCACACUUGCCAUCCCACACUACUCAGAGGGAUGCGGGACAGACCCCACAGAGGGUGUAGACAAAAAGAGUGCUGCUCAGGCAUUCAAGGAAUGGUGGAGAAGUCAACCCUCAAUAGAUCUAUAUGUUUUCUCAGAUGGAUCAGAACGGAGCCUUGACAACAGCAGGCAGGUGGGCUAUGGCUUCAUAGUCUAUCAGGGAAAUAAACAGCUGGCCAGCUUCUCAGCUGCGCUGAGCCCUAUGUCACAUGUCUUCGACGCUGAGGCAGUUGGUGCCUGCCGGGCAUUGGAGUGCGCCGUGAAGCUCCUACCUUGUGUCACAGAGGACAGCAGCAACCCUCAGAUCUGGCUCUGCCUCGACAACACCUCAGUCAUCUGGGGCAUACGGGGCAGUGCAGCAGCCUCCUCAAACUGGGCCUACAACCGCUGCCAUGAGCUCCUCAGACAGCACAAUGUCGGCCUGAAAUGGGCUCCUGGGCAUAUGGGGAUAGAGGGCAAUGAGGAAGCAGACCGCUUGGCUAAGCGGGCAGUCUCAUCCACUGCAGCCCCAGCCUAUGGUCUCGAGGCCACACCCACAGUCAGUGGGGUCCGCACAGUGGCCAAGCAGCUCAGCCAAGAGGCAAGGCGAAAGUGGUGGAGUGGAGCCUGUGGCAAGCUCUCUGACUGGUACCGGGGCUGGAGUUUCAGCAGGCCGACUGUGGAAUACCAAGUGAAGGCCCCUCCGGAGCUCACCAUGCCACGGCAUGCCCUUCACCGCUGGCUCGCACUCCGCUCCUCUCAUGGGGACUUCUCCUGGUACCACAGGCGUUUCCAGCAUGCAGAUGCGAGGCUCACCUGUGUCUGUGGACACAACAAGAGCCCAGAACAUUUGAUGCUCUGUCGACACUCACAGAGGCACCUUCUUCACUGGCCCAAGAGGCCAGCAGCACGGCCACACAACCGGGCGACAGCUGUUGCCUAUCUAGGGUCUCUGACCCCUACAGACUUUGUAGAACUGCUGGACUGCACGCAGUUCUACACACAGUACUGCACAAGGUAA